AUGUUCUUCGGGAUCUGCAUCCUUGUGGCGCUGGCGUGGUUCGUCAUGGUGAAGGUCCUCGGCCCCGGGCCCUCCGACGGCGCCCCGGCCGCCUGGUGGGAGCUCCGGGAGCUGCUCCUGGGCUCCCUGCUUUGGCUGGGGGGCGCCGCGUGGCUGGGGAGCGCCGCGGUCGUGGCGCUGGCUUACUGCCGCAGCGCGCGGUGGGCCCGCGUGAUGGGGUGGGGAGGCAGUGGCGCUCUGUACCGGUGGGUCUCGUACUUCUCCGCGGCCGCCGCACUCUCGGUCGUCAUCGUGCUGGUCUACAUCCUCUCGAUGGAGCCUCUGAUCGUGCUGUGGGGCUUCCUCGCGCAGUCGCUCAGCAGGCCGUCCGGGCGAGCGGGGCCGGGGACGGACCGGCCGCUGCCCCUGGAGGGGCGCCUCGCGCAGGUGUGCUCGCUCUGGCUCCUGCUGCGGCGGCUGUACCUGGAGGCCGACCGGCGGCGUGCGCGGCGGGCGGCCCCGGGACGUGUGGCUCUGCAGGUCCAGGCCGCCGUGGCGCAGCCGUUCCAGGCGGAGCUCCGCGAGGACUUUGUGGACGCCUGCGCGUGCCUCUCGGGGCGCUGCCGGGGGGACCUGGAGAGUCAGCAGGGUGGUCUGCCUGGCGGCGAGGUUCUGAAG